CGUCAGUCGUCGGAUUUUAGUAAACGCGUUCCACGAGUCGACGGGGCAUCGACGGGGAUACCGUUUCAAACCGUAUAAAACGUAGGCUCUCGUAGUAUAUCGAUCCCGUCGUCCGAAACUGCAAGACGGAUAUCAUCGGAUGUGAUAUUCCACUCUUCGGGGUAACGUCCACUCGUGCGACACUCGCACGCGCAACGCGGUGGCAUCGGAUUCGCGCGCAACCGAGCGGAGGAAGAGAUGUUGGUUAUGUUCGCGGCACGGGCGAAAACAAAUCGCGCAUCAACGUGACGGAAUACGACCGUCGAUCGCCGGGACAAGGGGAUUCUUUGCGUACGACCGGUGGGGAAAAGUCUGCAUAAAUGUACGGCGGCGGCGGCGGUGGCAGGCGCGACAACGUCCCCCGUGCAUCGGAACGUCAGAACAAUGUCAGAGGGUUUUAAAAUGGGCCUGUUCGGGUCCAAGGACAGGAACGGGGAACAGAAAGAGAAAUCUUCCAAGGACAACUCACCGGCGCGUUAUGCUCCUUACGGCAACGACAGCGACACCGAGACAUACGAUACCGAGGCACUGAGCAUGAUGGACAUCAACGACAUCAUCGGCGUGCAGUCUGAGCAGGUCGGCGACUCGACGCUCGAGAGCGAGAUCGCCGCACUGUCUGAAAUCAUCACGGAUUCGAAGGUGGAACCGGCUGAAUCAGUAUUAGAAUCCAAGCGGGAGACGCAGCGGCAAUCGUUGGAGACAUCCAGUGUAGCUUCAAUGAACAUUGAUAACGCUGAUGCUUCUGAUGUUGGUCAGUCUGAUAUUAUGUCGGACAAACGUAUAGUUUCUAAAGCCCUGAAAAAAGAGACAUUUGCUUGUGCCCAGGAAAGUACAAUGUGUGAGAAACUAUCGUCGACUAUUGCGGAGGACCGUGCUUCGAAGAGUGUAGAACCGACUUCUGUCAAAUGUGGUAAGACUUCCGAUGUGAGUACUAACGAGACGAUUAGUGAUACAUCUAUGGUUUGCACAUCUAAAUCGUCUUCCAGUGACGGGUCACAUGUUGAAAUUAGCUCAUCGACUACUGUGUCAGACGAUACUCUUCAAGAAACUGCCCAACGUGAGCGACAAGAAGACGUUGCUUCUCUCACUGGCUGCAAGAAAGAUGACGCUGAUAAGAUAGAGGACCAGUCUACUGACGAGAUUAAAAGUCAAGACAAGUUCAAGAGCAACACAAGACCUGUAACAGUCGGUGGCAUCAGCAAGAGCUUGCAAUUAAUAGGAGAAGCAUACAACUCGGAAGAUUCUGAGGAAACAGAUCUGAAUGAUUGUGACUCAUUAAAAGACACCCCGCCACUUUCUAUUCCUGAAGAAGCUUCAUUGGCCACUAUCUCUGCAAUACCACACGUGGAAGAUAAAUCUGAAGUGAUUGGAGUGUCAGAGAAGAACGCAGAAAAAUCUAUGAAGUUAAGUGAUGGUGCGAGUGAAACUUUGGAAGAACCAGAUGUAAAAGUGGAAGCGAUCGCCCAUAAUAGAACAGAAGAUUCAAACAUCAGACUUUCGGAACCAGAAGAUUCUAGUCAAAGUGCAAUACCACAAGCUUCAAAAGAAGAUACAGACGGCUCUGUGUUAAAUAAAGCAGCAGAAUGGAUUGAUAAUGGCAUAUCAAGUAGCACGCAUGAGCAAAGUGAAAAUGAUAUGAAAAUGGAUACAACUGAAGGAAUGUCAUUAGAACAUCAGUCUUCCAAUGAGACUUCUGAAGAAAUUAGAGAUACAUCUGCAGAUGCUUCUAUUAAAUCACCACAACAAACGAUGAAAAAUACAGAAGAAAAUGAAGAGAUCGAGACUAGAACUGUUGAACCAGAAUCAAGCGUAUCAACACUUGUUCCUGAGCUGGAAAAGCUAGAUUGUUCCAUGACUUCUAGUGCAAAUGACAUAUUAGAUACAAGAAAGGUAGAUGAUAAUUGUUCUCUUAUAAACGAUAGUGUAAAGAAAGUUGUAAAAGACGAAUGCAAGAAUGAGGAUGCUCCUAUGGAAUCUGCAAGUGAAGCUCAAGAUUCAGCGUCGACUGAGAUGCCUGAUAAGAAAUUCAGUGUGACAGAAACCGCCGGUAAAAAUGACGACUCUCAAGAGGCAAGUAUCAUCAAUGAGAACUGUCAGAUAACACAAGAGAUCGUAACGGAUAAAAUUACUGACGAUUCUCGAGAGGCAGAUGCUACAAAAAUGGAUUGUGAGAUAACUGAUUCUGAUAAUCAAGAUGCUGCGGAUUUGGACACCGAUGCGAAGGCAGCAUCUGCGCUAAUGGAUACAAAUGCAUCACAAAUUACGCCAGGUAACAAUGAAAACGUAAUCUUAAAAGAAAAUACAUCAUCAGCACGAUCAAGUACUGAUGAGAAGACUGUAACGACCGAUGUACAAUCGAUAAAUACUCAUUUGCCGAACGAGGAAAGCUCAAAUAUAUGCUCCACAGAUUUAGUAACACAAAGUGAUGCAAGUCCGAUCGAUAUGAAUGAUUCCACAGAAAUGGUUGGUUGCUCGGAAAAGGAUACCAGUGCGAAAGCACCAAUUUCAGUUGAAGAUAUUGAACCUACUAGACAGCUUCCAUCUGUAUCAGAAAAGUCUGAAGUCAAUGCAAUUAAUGAUACAGUGUCUAGCGAGCUUAAAGACUUGCAUCUGUCUCCGACAUCUCGUGAAGAUUCAGAUGACGUAGUUAAGGAUGUACGCGAACCACUCGAAGUUGAGAAAACGGAGGAUAAGGAGACGGAAGUAGCGCCGGCCGUUAUGGAUAAAAAUCAAAGCAAAACAGGAUUGACGGAAGAUGAACUGCUUGAUCGGUCCGAAUCAGCAGUCGAUGAGGAAACUGAUUGCCGUGCUGUACAAGUGAAAGGAGAUAACGUAACGAGUUCCUUGUGUAAUACGACACGGAAUAACAUCGCGGAAGACAUCGUUGAGACAGCGGACAAGACCGAAAUCAAGAAAAACGAAAUUCUUGCAUCAAGCUUAAACCAAGAAUCAGAAAAGGAUACCGAGGAAAAAACAGAGGCUCACGAAAAUUUAAUUCUGGAACCGGAAGCUUCAGCGUUCGAUACUCGAGCAACAGAUUUACGAGAAACUCACUCACAGGAUGAUGAAGAGAUGAAAUCAUGCGAUGAAACUGCAAGCUCGCUUGAAAAGAAAAUGGAAGAAUCAGUUGACACCAAUGAGAAGAAGAAUGACGAAUUAAUCGAAGGAUUUACUGAUGCCAAUAUAAAAAACGUACAAUCGAGUGACGCUUCUAUACCACAAGAUACAGAGAAGAAAUUACCGGAAGAACGAAGUGAAAGUAUUGAAUCGAAAAGUGAUACCGAUAUUUCGAGUAAUGUAGGCAAUAUCGUGCAAACAUUUUCAGACAUAAAAUCUGUGGACAGCACAGCAAACGUACCGAGAGAUGACAAUGAUGCAACUGAUGUUAGAAGCAUCGUAGAAGGUGAAAAGAGCGUAGAUGAAAAUGUAAACACUUUGCAAGAUUCCAUGGACUUGCUGUCGGAAACGAACGUUGAGAGCUUGACGGAAAGAUUGUCUCAGGAUUCAGAAGUAAUAAAUGACGAGAUUACCAUGAAAACAAUAGACUCUCUAAAGGGACUGCUGAGUUCCCAUCUCGUGUCGGACAGCGAAAACUCUUCAUCGAAGGAGGUAAAAGUCGAGAGCAAAGCUUCGGCAGAAGAGACGGUAAAUAAAGACGUUAGUCUCUUACUAGAUUCAGGCGAAACGAGCACGACACAAGAUUCGGAUUAUAUAACGAAUGUAAUCGCUGACUGUUUGACGAGUAGGGGCGAAGCUGACAUUAAUGUAUCGGCUAACAACAAAAUUACCAAAGGAAACGAAGACGGUGGAUCGUUCAGAAUAGAUGAAGAGGCAAAUGCGGUAGUAGGUGAGACUGUAGAUGACGAAAAGGCAGAAGAGCCGCUUGGGACGAACAGUAGUUUGCAGCGAAACGAUUUAGACAUGGACUUUGAAGGUAAUCGAUUGGAGUCGGUCGGAGAUUUAGAAGAAAGUGACGCUAAACUCGAGCUACCGCAGGACAUUCUGCUAGAUAGCGUGAUGUCGCGCGAAGCUCUUCCUCGACGCACCGACACGUCGACCGUCAUCGAGAAUUCGCAGUCGAGCUCGGAGAUCUCGGAGUUAGAAUCCGCGGUGAAGUUCCUGCAGGAAUCCGAGGAGCAGACAAUUGACUCGCCGCUCGUGUUGUCGCCAAAAAUGGUGGAGAGCGUUGUCGAGGACAUAACGAAGCAAGCCGGUGCAGAACUUUACGUGCCGGACGAUGAGGUUGAAAAUUAUACCAACACCGAAUCCGAAUUGGACCUACGAGACGUUGCCGCGGAUUCCAUCUCUAUCUCGGAGGCCGAAAUCAUAUCGGAAGCUGCGAAGUUGGAGAACGAGCGGAAAUUUGCGGUGCAGAUGCGAAACGUUCCUGCUGCCAACGUGGAAGAGAAAGAACCCGAAGAGAUUGAUAGGAAGCUCGAAUUGAACUUGAAGAAAGAAGAGGAACGCAUGUUGAAGACCUCGUCCGAUACUGUCGCGGAUAGUUCUGUGAACGCGCAACGAGAAGUCUCUAUGUCCGACAUCAGACCACUGUCGAGUGAGGGUAUUCUAAAGGCAUGCGACUUGAUUCCACGAGCAUCUAUAUUGGAGGAACGAUUGAAGGAACCGCCGAAGAUUGAGAUACCUGUUCCAGAUCCAGCUAAAGUAUUAGCGUCCGUAAUUAGUCCGAAUGAUAGUCUUCUCAUACCGAAAGAUGCGAGGGCUAUGUCGUAUCCGAGGAUGCUCGACUCGCCGAAAUCUAGUGAAUCGAAAAGCGUCGAUACGCCACGCAAGGAUUCCGAAAAGCAGUCGGACUUCGAGAACAUCGGCUCGCCGAGAAUAAUCCUGAAAAUCGCCAAGUCCGCGAUUGCGGAUUGCGGCGAGCCGCGAUCGCCGAAGAGCCCGAAGAUACGAUCCGCUACAAAUUCACCUAAUCCGGAGGAUAGUCCAGGUCAGAAGUUGGGAAAGAUUAAGCUGAAGCUGUCGAAGGGCGGUCACCCCUCUAUAAUAUCCAAUGAAAAUCUAGAAGAGACUAAUCAGUGGCACACUACCGACAGUACAUCGUCAUUAUCUCCCAUCGGCAUGAAGAUCAAGUUGUCCAAAUCCGGCGAUGCUUCCAUAGUAGGCGCAGAGAAGCACGAGAGUCCGGAUGACUCGAAAGAAAUGAAGUAUAAGGUCGAGGAAUCGAAGCGAACGGAUUCACCCAUCGGUAUGAAGAUCAAGCUGUCCAAAUCUGGAGAUGCUUCGAUCAUCUCCGAUUCGAAACAACAGAUUCCGGACAAUUCCAUUAAGGAAACUCUCACGAAGCAUAAAGAGAAGUUAGAGAUCUCGCAGGGAAGCCCGAAAAGGACGGAAUCACCGAUAGGAAUGAAGAUCAAGCUCUCUAAGACGGGCGACGCUUCCAUUAUCCAAACCGACAGACAGGAAUCCUCGGAGGAGCACAAGGAAACCAUGCCGAAGCGGACUGACUCUCCAAUCGGCAUGAAGAUCAAACUUUCCAAGACGGGCGACGCUUCCAUCGUGUCUCCGGAUGCUCCUGAAGAUUCAUCUUCCAAGGUGAAGGAAAAGCAAGAAUACUCAGAACUGCCAAAGAGGACGGAGUCUCCGAUCGGGAUGAAGAUAAAGCUGUCCAAGUGUAAAGGCGGCGCGUCUAUUAUUCCCAUGGAUAACACCGAAGACGCGAGGGAGAAAUUGGAGAUAUCCGACCUACCUAAGCGCACCGAAUCGCCGCUCGGUAUGAAGAUAAAGUUAUCCAAAAGCGGGGAUGCGUCUAUUAUACAUUCGGAAAUUGCAGACGACAUUAAAGAAGCGAAGCACAGAGAGAAGCCCGAAACGGCGCACGACCCACCGGCGAAGACACUGGAAUCUUCUGGUCUGAAGAUCAAGGUGCUGAAAACUGGCGAGGCGACAUCGUCGACGCUGUCGGACGUGACGGAGGAGCAGGACGCGGCUCAAGCUUCCGAAUCGUCCACAGGCGGUAUCCCAAGGAUCAUAAUAUCGAAAGCUGCGUCGGUAGUGACCGACAAAACGGAACCAACGGAGGAAUCGAGGCCACGGGAAGGUCAAACAGAAGCACCGAAGAGGACGGAAUCUCCGCUCGGCAUGAAGAUUAAGCUGUCCAAGAGUGGUGAUGCUUCUAUCGUACAGAGCGAAGCUGCCGCUGUUGAAGAUCAAUCCAAGGCCGCACGGGUUCUUGAUGCGGAAUAUUCCAAAAGUGGUAGCGGCAGUGAUACAUCCCUGGGAAUGAAGAUCAAGUUGUUCAAGACAGGUGACGCCUCAGUGGUGGAGACACCCUCCAGUACCACCGACAGGAAGGAUAAGCAGCAGAGGCGUAGAGACCCUGUCGACUCCCCGCUCGAGAUGAAGAUUAAACUGUCCAAGACUGGUCAUCCGACAAUCGUGGCGUGUGACAGUCACGGUGAAUCCAGCACGCACAAAAGUAAGGAGCUACCAGCUCUGGACUCCACGCUGAAUUUUCCUCAGAGGUACAUGGAACAUGCCGCGGUGCACAAGGAGCCGCCGUUGAAGAUCCUGAAGAGCGGCCACCAUCCGUCCAUUCUGCAGAGUGCUCGAUCCGAACUGACGAUCGAGCCGGUGCAGGUGCAAAGCAGGAAACCACCGGACAGCGCCCAGCAGAUCGACAUAUCGCCCAAGCGUAAAGACGUUACGAUCUCACCGAUCGAGAGCAAGAAGUCUAAACUGGAGGCGCAACUUUCGCAAAUCCUGCCGGAAGUUACGAUUCAGCCGGUAAUGUGCCGCGAUCAGAAACAACAACAACAGCAACUGCUUUUCGAUCCAAAGACGAGCCUGAUCAGUCGACAGCAGAUGAACGUGAUCAGCCAGGAGAUCAGUAUCACGCAAGUGCGACCGACGAAAGCGUCGACGGCGUCAGACAGCGCUCCCGUGGGCGACAAACUCAAGCAUAUCCUGUGCAAGAAUACCAAUUCACCGGGUGGGUCUUCGGACUGUGAGAUUAUCGAGCAUCGUCCCGAACUGAUAAUCGUCAAUGAGAACUCGAACUCGAGCCAGGACGUCGUCAUCAUCGAAGAGGUGAUGCCUAACAGGAUGGCUAACAUAAAAGUGCCGAAGAAGAGAGGCAGGCCGCGGAGAAAUCCGAUAGUGCAGCAGCACGUUCAACAGCAGCAGUCGUCUGCGCAAAUGCUGAUGCCCAGGGAUCCCCUGGCCCUGGAUGAAGUGCAGCAAGUUCCCGUGCAACAAUUCGAGCACAGAGAAAACGAGAGACCUAAAAGAACUUGCAGGAGUCAGAAGAGUUAUGCUCCCCCCAAGAGAGGCAGAGGACGAGGUCGCGGUAAACGAAAACUCGAUAAUACGGAUAAUUCUCAAAUUGGAAAGAAGGCACGUAUAGACCAAGAUUUGUCCGCGAUCGAAGCAUCAACAAUGGCUGUUAUUACGAUCGAUGAGACAGCACAUGUACAGCAGGAUACACUUCGACAAUCGUCAGAACUGUACAAGGCAUUGAAACAACCGCCCAUAGACCGUAAGGGCAUAAGUCCUACGGGUAAAAUGGAGAAGCUCAUUUCGCUGACGGGUCGCAAGGAAGGUGGUAGGAAGGAUUUGUCCAAGUCCUUGGAUUCUGACAUGGCGAUGCAGUUGGAUCACGCGAGGUCAUCGCACGAGGAACCGUCCAAGUCGAGUCAACUGUCGAUGACAGCGUUGGACUCGAAGAACGGCGAGCAGCAUAAGAGACCGGGCGUAGAGAUAGUUUCCGAGAAGAUGCAGAAAACAUCAGCGAAACAAUACGCCGAGAAUAAGGGUAAGAUGUCGGACGGAUCGUCGAGAGCGCCCGAGAUGAAGGAGAUCCUCGUGCCUCCUGGACAUUCGAAUUGGUUGACGCCGACAUCGAAAAAGCAAGCGGACACGACGCUCAUCAGGGGCGAAGCGGUGUCGACGGUGCAAGUGAUCGACGAGGAGACGAGGAUGAGCGCCGAGUCUGGCUCAAGAUCUCAAACACCGGCUAGAAAUAUACCAGCACCGGCAUCGGAAACAACAAUAAAUGAAGAAUCGCAAGGGAGCGUCUUGAGCACCGCCACUACAGAAUCGGAGAAGGUCAAAGUGAAGAAUCGAAGGAUGGAGAUCAAUUUUGAUCCCGAUGAAGGGCCUUUCACCGUGGACAAGAUAGCUGAAUAUGAAUGGCCGCUGGAUCGAAAGGGCGAAACCUUCAUGAUACAAGAGCAGAUCUCUCAGUACCUUGGCGUUAAGUCGUUUAAGCGUAAAUAUCCCGAUCUCAAGCGCAGAGUCGUCGAUAUGGAAGAGAGAAAUUACUUGAGGGAGAAUGGAUUAGUCAGCGAAGCGAUGUGCGAUAUGGGAUUGACCGCGAUCUGUAGCUCGGAAGUAUUGGACGUGAUGUGCAGUGAUUUCCCCGAUCAGUACGAGGAAUAUCGCAAGCAUAUGCGUGAGAAGCAAGUGAAGGAACAUUCCAAGAAGCAGAAAGAGUUGACAGCCGCGGCGAAUGCGGAAAGGAACAGAAUAGAUCUCGCGGAGAUGGCGGUGCAGUCCGCGUCGUCCUGGAACAGUAGCUUGAAUAAGGCUCGUAGGGAGAACCGUAAGUGCUGCUUGGAUCUGCAAACGUUCACGAUUCACGUGCCAAAGAAGCAGCAGAAGGUUGACCCGGAGAACAAAGUGAGUCAUUAUCCCGUUGCAUUGAUGCCGGGUCAGUAUACCGAUUAUUAUCAGGUAUACACGCCGGCGGAGUUGAGGUAUUAUCCGUUGAACACGGUGCUCUACGGACCUACGCGACCCAAUGAACGCAAAUUCGAUAGCCAAUCGGAAGGUUCUCAGAGCGACAGCGACAGCGAAUCGUCUUCCGACGAUUCGAGUUCAUCCUCUAGUGAAGGCACGCAAGACACGGAAGGAUCUCAGUCGACCAUGGACGAAGUGGACAUGGAAAUCUCGAAUUCGAAGGACGACAUGAAAUUGAAGUGCAAGAUGUGCUUGAAAGUCCUGAACAAACAUAGCAAGAAUGAGAUAUUAAUCCAAUGCGGUACCUGCAAUGGAAACGUUCAUCCAUCCUGUAUAGACUUGACACUGGAUAUGGUGCCGCACAUUCAAUCGUACGCGUGGCAAUGCACCGAUUGCAAAACGUGUGCGCAGUGCCACGAUCCUGCUGAUGAGGAUAAGAUGCUCUUCUGUGAUAUGUGUGACCGUGGGUAUCAUAUUUAUUGCGUUGGUUUGCGACGGGUACCACAAGGCAGAUGGCAUUGUCAGGAGUGCGCCGUGUGCGCGAACUGUGGCUCGAGGGAACCCGGUGGUGCUAAUUCAGAUAGGAACAGCGUCGCACAAUGGCAACACGAGUACAAAAAGGGCGAGAAGAAUACUCGAGUAUACGUCUCGACGCUCUGCGUACCGUGUUCGAAGCUAUGGCGAAAGGGUCGCUAUUGCCCGCACUGCAGUCGCUGUCAUACCGCCCAAAGGCUCGACCUGGAAACGAAUCUAGUGCAUUGCAGCGCAUGUGACAAGUAUCUGCACUUAGAAUGCGUGGAGACCAAGGGAGCAGCGGUUGACAAGAAAAAUUAUCUGUGUGAUUUCUGCGCACCAUCAAGUCGGCAGCAAGUGACGAGACCCUUAGUGUCGAAGGUGUCCAAGACGUGAACCUGUCGAUUGCGGACAUCAUCGUUGUACGUGUGUGAUCCCAUCGAACUGUAAUUGUACAUCAAUAUAAGUGCAGUGUAUUAUAUUAAAGUAGCUAAAAUUUUUUUAAAACAAUUGUGCACGUUUGCACGAGCGUCAACGAGCCCGCGAGAUCUUCUUUGAGUACUUCAUUAUACGAAUGAGUUUACAUUGUACAUAGAAAUGCGUAGUUCAACUUGUGUGACAUUGAGUUUUUAUCGCGUGUACAUUUGUCGGAGAAAAACGGCGAAUUACGUCUAAUAAUAAUAAAAAAGGCUGAACGUUCGAUUGUUGCUGUGUAAAACGUCCCGUCUCAUGCAGAAUUGCAGGACACGGUGUGUAGUGUGUGCGCGCGCGCGAAUUUCCGGACGAAUUCGAAGUUAAUUCUUGCACGAAUGAAUUCAUGAAUUGCAUUAUGAUGAAUUUCAUUUUGAACAUCACCUUAUUAUACACCAAAAAGGAAAUAUAAUAUACGUAUCUACUUCUUUUGAACUAAAAUUAUGUCGACUUAAUCGCCAAUACGUAUUCACAAAAAUGCUGAAUUGACGUCAUUCUUUUUGGAGUUACUGCUAUAACGGAAAAAAAAAA